AUGCCAAAGGUCAUGUUUCAAAUGAAGCCAAGCAUCCGUACUUGGCAGCACUUUCCAGCCAUACUGCCCAUAGCUUCCAGCUGUUGCACUGAAGUUUCACAUCAUAUUUCCAGAAGGCUUCUGGAAAGAGUGAAUUUUUGUCGCAUCCAGAGAGCUGAUGGGGACUGUGAUUUGACUGCUGUCAUCCUUCAUAUUAAACGCAGAAGGAUCUGUGUCAGCCCACACAACCGUAUUUUGGAGCAGUGGAUGAGAGCAUCCGCAGUGAAGAAAAAUGGCCAAGGUAACAUUUGCCAUAAGAAGAAACACGAUAGCAAGAGGAACAGUAAGGGGUACACCAGGGGAACGUAUGAAGUACCCGGCCAUAAACCUCCUCGUUAGAAUCCACUCGUGAAUCCAGAGAUCAUUCCUCAAGUGAACUCAGCCAUAGUUGGUGAAAACUUUGUCAUCUGAAUCUUCCUCAUUGACAGUCCACAGUAUUGGCUUUUAAAAUGAAGAAUUACAUCUAAGGAUGUAAACUCAGUGCUAAAGCACUUCUGUAGCACAGGCAAAGCCCUGGGUUCAACCACUAGCAAACAAAAAUUUGCACAAUGUGCAAAUAUAGCGAAUAGUACUUAACUAAAAAUGAAAUGAAAAUAUAAAACUCAUCUUCAUAUAAUUUUUAAAGGAUAGUGUAGCUAUAAUUCCACCACGUUUUUUAUUAUGAAGUUUUUCAGUCCUGCAGAGAAGCUGAAGGAGCGAUAAAAGAACAGCCUACACACCUGUCAUCUAAUCACUGUUAAUAGUUUUUAUAUCUCUUCUCUGUUUGUAUAAAUGUGUUAUAUAUACAUAUUAAUAACCUGUUCACUAAACCAUUUGAAAUGAAGUUGCAAGCAUCAUGAUA